AUGGCGAGCUACCUGAAGAAGUAUGUGGACCGCGUGCAUGACGUGCCGCCACAGCUGCAGCGCCUGUUCAAGCUGAUCCGCGACCUCGACGAGCGCGUGGCAGCCCUGCAGGCCGCGGUCGAGGACAAGUGCCGCGACAGCCUGGCCGGCAGCGCGCCCAACAAAAAGCAGCGCACCAAGGCGGAGGCUGCGCAGCGAGAUGAGAUCAACGCUGACAUGCAGAAAAUACUCAGCCUGUCCGAGGAGAAGGUGCGCAUCGCCGCGCAGUGCUAUGACUUUGUGGACGGCCACAUCCGCCAGCUGGACGAGGAUCUGCGUGCCUUCGACGGGGACCUCUACUCAGACAGGGCGCGCCUGGGGCUCAAGGAUGGCGAGACCGCGUCCAAGGCCCUGGGCAUAGAGUCAGAUUACCCCGCCAACGCACCAGGGGCAGUGCGGCAGAAGCGCAAGUACACGCGGCGCAAGGGCACCGGCGGCGGCACGGAGCCAGCAGGCGCAGGGUCCCCAGUGGCAGCGCAGGCAGCGCCCAUGGCGCUGGCGGCUGCCACCGCGCUGGCUGACAGCAGCGAGCCGCGCUACUGCGUGUGCAACAACGUGAGCUACGGCGAGAUGAUUGCCUGCGACAACCCGGACUGCUUCAUAGAGUGGUUCCACUACGAAUGCGUCGGCAUCACGCAGCAGCCCAAGGGGUGA